AUGGACGACAAGGAGGUCGUAGCUGUAAUUCUACUAGACCUUUCUAAAGCAUUUGACAGUAUUGAUCAUUUAUUGCUUCUAAAAAAGCUCCAAGUAUUGGGAGUGUCCGAUGACGCUUUAUGUUGGUUUAAAAGUUACUCGACAGGACGACAGCAGGUUGUGCGCAUUGGAUCGACUGUCUCUGAAACACGCACACUCAAUCAUGGCGUUCCGCAGGGCUCAAUUCUCGGUCCCAUGUUAUUCAACAUAUAUAUUAAUGAUUUACCUAUGGUACCAAAGAAUGGUAAUUUGAAGUCUUACGUCGACGACUAG